AUGCCCGGCAACUUCUACACACCUACGCUUGAGGAAAUCUCCCACUGGCCGAGGCCGAACUAUGCCAAUCCUCCUGAGCAACGAUCAUGGCUGGGAGCGUUCGCCAUCACAUGGCAGAUUCUGUCGACUGUGCCCGUCCUGGGACGACUAUACCUGCGCGUCAACAAGCGAUCGGGGCCAUUUGGACUGGACGAUGCGUUCAUCUCUGUCGCCUGGAUCUUCUCCGUCACGCUGACGGUCACGGCGUGCAUAUCCGACUGGCAAUACAAACUCGGCAGGCAUGUCUGGAACAUUGAGCCCAAAUACUUCGGACCUUCUGCCAAGGUUGGAUGGCUGGCUCAGGUCCUGUUCCUCCUCACCAUGUUGUUCACAAAAUGCUCGGUUCUCUUGUGCUAUCGGCGCAUGGCCAAAGUGACAUUCAGCAAAGUCUGGAUGUUCCUUGUCUACGUCCUUCUCUUCAUCACCGUCGGCAGCUCGAUCGGUAUCUUAUUUGCCUACUGCUUCAUGUGCCAGCCACUGCACUACUAUUGGGACUUUUUGCAGAUGGACCUCCAUAACGAAGCUGGCCACUGUCUCAACGGAGAGAGCAUCACCAUUGCCACUGGUGUUCUCACGAUCGCGUCGGACUUAUGGACUGCUGCAUUUCCCUGCGCCCUGUUCUACUUUCACGACAUUGGCGCCACCAAAGGACAGAAAAUCGCGCUGAGCUGUCUUCUCUGUGCCGGCUUCUUAGUCACAGGGGUCGGUGUCGCGAGAACCUACUACCUCUGGCAAAUCGGCCACCACCAAGACCUUAGCUGGUACGGCUACGACCUCUACACCUCCUCAGUCGUAGAAGUCCAACUCGCCAUCAUCUGCAUCUGCCUGCCAUUUGUGCGAUCAUUCUUCCGAGCCUACUUCCCAGACCUGGUGGUCACGACAAAUAACAUGCGAAACGCCACUGCGCUGGGCAGACUCACAACAACCGACUGGACCGCGAUAGACGACGGAGGAGACAGUCCUACAAGACUGGUAUAUGCACUAGACGAGAAGGGCAGAGUAGUACCGAAAGACUCACCCACCUCGCCGACGGGAGACAUGCUGUCGCGUCAGGAAGAAGAAGAAAUCGAAUGGGCGAGACAGCAAGUCCAACGGAGUGACUACAUCCCGCAGCAGCAGCAGAGGAGGAAGGCAUCUUCAGUCAGUUCAGUCGAGGCCGGCGAGGACGGGCAUAUCUCCGACAGCGGGAAACGAAAGACUUCUCUCGGCGCAGAGCAAGAUGAGGAAUGGAAGAAAGUACGAGAGUGGGUCAUGAAGCGGCCGGUGAAAAGGGAGACUGUUCUGGACCCAUAG